AUGUUCUUCUUCUUCAUAUGCGGUGAGCACACUUUCCGCAGUGAGAUUCCCGGAUAUGAGGGAAUGGUGUGUCAAUGCCACCACUGCGGAAACAUGGCAGCCCACGUUGUCAAGAGUCGUCCGUUCUUCACCUUUUGUUUCGUUCCUAUUAUUCCUUUCACCAUUUCGGGAUACAAGGAUGUUACAUGUAAUAUCUGCCACUUUCAACAACCCUUGGAAAAUCGCCCUGAUGUCAUGGCCAUGGCAAAUGGUGGCGGACAAGGCAGUCAAGGGGCCGGACAGUAUGGCCCUCCUCCGCCACAUCCUCAACAGGGAUGGAAUCAGCAGCAACAAGGAUGGAACCAACAAGGUCAAGGUGGACAACAGCAACACGGCUGA